AGCAUAUGUUUACGUCUCACAUUCACAUAGCUAUACGGAAUUGGGCUGACAUACAAUUGCAUCGAAAUAUCUACCGUUUAACUAGUAGGAAUACUUUCCUGUGCCAUACCAACAGAAGGAUGACUAUAUAUUGCUUUACAUAACUUUAAGCAAAAAGGGACUAUAAACGUUGGUGACUUAAUAAUCGCGGCAUGUGUGAGCAGGAGUCUUCGACCUAUGUUGUUGCACUGAGACAUUUAGGAAGACAAACAAUGAUUGCCUGCUUGUAUGAAGUCUCUGGAUAUUGUGGGGACCUCACAGCUCUCUACCUGGUGGGAAAGGGAUUUUUGGCUCAGGACUGACACUGUGUUCGUUGUUAUUAGGUCUGGAGAGGAUGUACUACGGUGCAGUAAUUCCGAAAAGUAAAGAAAAGUAUUGAAACAGGGCCAUGUUCCACAGGUAGUAACCAGCCCUAUAAGAUGCCUCCUGCUGUGUUGGACACCAUGGACAUCUGGGCGGUGGACACACAGCUCCAUUCAGACAUCUCAGUGGAUGUCCUGCUUCCCACUGGCAUCUAUGUGCAAAUGGAAGUACCGCGUGAUGCAUCAAUAGCACACAUUAAGCAGCUCCUAUGGAAGCAUGCACAAAGUUACCCUCUCUACCAUCUCCUUCUGGAGAUGGACUCCUACAUGUUCGAGUGUGUCAACCAAACCGCCGUUCACGAGGAGCUGGAAGAUGAGACACGGCGACUCUGUGAUGUACGUCCCUUCCUGCCUGUCUUGAAACUCGUUUCCCGGAGCUGCAACCCUGCUGAAAAGCUUGACUCCAGAAUUGGUGUCUUAAUAGGGAAAGGUCUCCAAGAGUUUGAUGCCCUGAAUGAUAAUGAGGUGAAGGAAUUUCGGAGCAAAAUGAGAAAGAUCAGUGAAGACAAGGUCCAGUCUUUGCUUGGCUUGACGUGGAUGGAAUGGCUGAAGUGCACAUUCCCACCUGAAUUGGAACCUUGUAUUCAGGAGAACAUCCAGGACAAGCUGUACAGUGGAAACCUCGUGGUGUCAAUCCACUUUGACAGUUGUCAGGAUGUAUUCAGUUUUCAAGUGUCGCCCAACAUGACCCCUACCAAGGUAAAUGAACUUGCUAUUCGCAAACGCCUGACUAUCCAUGGCCGUGAAGAGGAGGAGGUGGACCCAGAAGACUAUGUUUUGCAGGUCAGCGGGAGGCAGGAAUAUGUGUUUGGUGAUCAUCCUUUAAUUCAGUUCCAGUAUAUCAAAACGUGCGUAAUGAACAAGAGACUCCCUCGACUCAUCCUAGUCGAAUGCUGUAAUAUAAAGAAGAUGUUUGACCAGGAGAUAAGUGCAAUUGAGCUGGCUUUUAAAAGGAAGACGACAGGUCCUCCCUUGCCUCUACCACCAAAAACACGGGGUGCCUCUGUAAUGUCACAGAGUGUGUGGUCCUUGCAAGAACCUUAUAGACUCACACUGAUCAAGGGAAGCAAACUGAGCACAGAAGACGCGGUUGUGGUGCGGGCAGGUCUCUUUCAUGGCACAGAGCCGCUUUGUAAAACCAUGAGUACAGAGUUGUCCGGGAAAAGUGAUUUUCUGUGGAAUGCCACAGUAGAAUUUGAUAUCAACGUCUGUGACCUCCCACGGAUGGCUCGUCUCUGCCUGGCCAUCUACACUGUGGACAAGACCCAGAAAAAGAAGAGUAACAAGACAGGGAACCCCAAAUACCAGACAAUAAAGAAGGCUGGAAAAAUGCACUACCCGGUGGCCUGGGUGAAUACUAUGGUGUUUGACUAUAAGGGGCAGCUAAAGGCCGGUGAACAUGUCUUGCACAGCUGGUCAUCAUUUCCUGAUGAACUUGAAGAAAUGCUGAAUCCAAUGGGGACCGUUCGGACCAAUCCAUACAUUGAGAAUGCCGCUGCGCUUCACAUCAAAUUCCAUGAAUUCUCCAAACCAGUCUAUUACCCUCCAUUUGAUAAGAUACUCGAGAAAGCUGCCGAAAUAGCCCGGCACAGUGACAGUCUAACCAUGUCGGGUCGUGGUGGAAAGAAAUUUAAUAUUGAGCUGAAGGAGAUAAUGGAGAGGGACCCAUUGUGCCAACUAUGUGAAAAUGAAAAGGAUCUAAUCUGGACCUUGCGGUAUGACUGCCGGGAAAAUUUCCCAUGCUCACUUCCAAAACUACUACUGUCUGUCAAGUGGAACAAGCUGGAGGAUGUGGCCCAGCUCCAAGCAUUGCUGCAAAUCUGGUCAAAACUUCCCCCAAGGGAUGCCUUGGAGCUGCUCGAUUUUAACUAUCCUGACCAAUAUGUAAGAGAAUAUGCAGUCAACUGUCUGAAGACCAUGAGUGAUGAAGAGCUCUCGCAGUAUCUCCUGCAGCUGGUGCAGGUUCUGAAGUACGAACCUUUCCUGGACUGUGCCCUCUCCCGUUUCCUGUUGCAGAGAGCGCUGGCCAACCGGAGAAUUGGACAGUUCCUCUUCUGGCAUCUGAGAUCGGAAGUUCACAUUUCAUCGGUUUCUGUGCAGUUUGGGCUCCUGCUAGAAGCGUAUUGCAGGGGCAGUAUCGCACACAUGAAAGUGCUAUCUCGGCAGGUAGAGGCAUUGAACAAGCUUCGCACUCUGAACAGUUUGAUCAAGCUGAACGCCAUGAAGCAAAGUAAGGUGAAGAACAAGGAAACCAUGCACGCCUGUCUAAAGCAGAAUGCGUACAAGGAGGCGCUCACAGACAUCCAGUCCCCUCUUAACCCCAGCGUUACACUGUCUGAACUUGUAAUAGAUAAGUGUAAAUACAUGGAUUCCAAAAUGAAGCCGCUCUGGAUCGUAUACAACAACAGAGGCUUCGGAGGGGAGUCGAUGGGAAUCAUCUUCAAGAAUGGAGACGAUCUGAGGCAGGAUAUGCUCGCACUUCAGUUACUGCGUCUCAUGGACAUGCUCUGGAAGGAAUCUGGACUCGACCUUCGGAUAGUGCCUUAUGGUUGCCUGGCAACAGGAGAUCGAUGUGGGAUGAUCGAGGUUGUAUCUGCAGCAGAGACCAUUGCAGAUAUUCAGCUGGACUGCAGCAACCUGGCUGCUGCAGCUGCCUUCAACAAAGACGCUCUGCUGAACUGGAUCAAGGAAAACAAUGCGGGAGAUGAUCUUGAACGAGCUAUUGAAGAGUUCACCUUGUCCUGCGCUGGCUACUGUGUAGCUACUUAUGUACUUGGGAUCGGAGACAGACACAAUGACAAUAUCAUGGUCAGGAAAACAGGACAGCUUUUCCACAUUGACUUUGGACACAUUCUGGGGAACUUCAAGUCCAAAUUUAAAAUUAAGAGGGAGCGAGGUCCUUUCAUUUUGACUUAUGACUUCAUCCAUGUUAUCCAACAGGGGAAAACCGGAAACACAGAGAAAUUUGGCAGGUUCCGACAGUAUUGUGAGGAUGCAUAUCUGAUACUUCGCAGGAAUGGGAAUCUCAUUAUCACUCUCUUUGCACUGAUGCUGACAGCUGGACUCCCGGAACUGAGUUCAGUUAAGGACAUCCAGUAUGUCAAGGAUUCUCUCGCUCUCGGUAAGACUGAUGAUGAAGCACUUAAACAAUUCAGACAGAAGUUUGACGAGGCUUUGAAAGAGAGCUGGACAACCAAAGUUAACUGGAUGGCACACACUGUGAGAAAGGAUUACAACAAGUCCUAAGGUCAUCCUUCAGCCCUAGGUGUUAUCACAAAUUACUGGCACUUUGAUAGCAGAUCAGACACUUGAUGACUUGACAGAACACAUGCCACCAUAAAUACGGAGUCUGCAAGUGUGGGGACAGCUAUAGCUGGGUCCCCUGUGUGAGCUACUUCACUGAUGUUCAAGAGCAAGGAAACCUGUAAGAGAAGGCCCAGGCACAACAGAUUUUGCACAAUACAAGGACACUGCUGCCAUCCAUAGACUCAAACUUUCUGUGAUGGCUUUACAUUCGUCCUAGCGCACAGAGACGAGAAAAAGGGAUGUGUCAGUGGCCAGGCUACAACUGAGAACUGAAAACCGGGAAAAAAUAAAAACUCUCAUUGCCCUUGGAAAUGCUUUGGUUUUGCACACGUUCUCGAAUAUCUCACCUGAGCCUUUCAUUUAAUGGGUUUUUUUUUGUGUGUGUGUGUGUGUGAAUGGAGCCAUACUGAAUUACUCAGAGCUUCCAAGUAAUGAGAGUUAUGUGUCUUAACUAGAAUAUACUCCCCAAGUUCCCAAAGUAAUAUUUGCCACUGCCACUAAAAUAAAUAGACUUAAUUCUUGAUAUUAUGGAAGUCUGGAGUGUAAGAAUUGUGAGAUGCUCCUCUGCACACUCCUAGGUUAUCUUUAUAGUUAACCAAGUCUUCCACGUAGGGAUUAUGGCACGAUAAACCUCUUACAGAAAGAGAGGCCACGUUAACCAAGCAGUAUGAUGCAUUGCUGUAAUUGCUUACUUCUUGUAGGCAGGCCUGGACCUUGUCGCUCAUCUCAGCUGCCUUAAGAAGAAGUUAAAUUCAAUUUACUUUAUGGGAAUUUUGGGAAGAAUUAAAUAAUCCACGAACGUUCGUGAUCAUGUGCAAUGUAGCCGUGGAGUUCCUGUUGAGCUGCCAAUCAGUGGAUGUGUACAACUGUCGAUUUCAUUUGUGACCAAUUUCAAAAAAAGAUCUACAGGAUACGUGGAAGAAAAUAUGAUAGAAAUAAAGAAAGUUCUAUUUAUUCCCCAACUCCCUUUUUUUAAACAAAAAAAUUAAAAAAAAAAAAAAAAAUUACAUAUGAACGUGAGAAGAAUAUUUUUAUCAUGAUUUGCCAGUCUCACCACAUUUUUUUUGUAUUUAUUAAGACUUUGGAAUGUGAGUGUUUUCUGGGACAUUUUCUUUGAAAGACCUUUCUUGCUGUUUAAAUAUGAUGGAACUUGCAGCAGAGGCUGAAAGACUGUUCUCUACCUGUAUCUUACAGGUAUUGCAUUUUAACUACUGGUUCGUCUUCUGAUGCACACUUUAUGUCUUACACUGGAUUUCUACAAAUCUGUACAAAGCACAGAGGACUAAACGACUCCUCUAAUGAGAAUGUAAUAGAAAUGAUUUUACACUGUAUAGAGACAAACGUCAUUCCAAAUUGGACUUAAUAAACCUAAACAACAUUC